AAAACCAUUUGCUAACAUUUGAACAGUAGCCUCCGUGCGUUGACACAAAUCGUCAGAAAUUGUGCGCUACCAUUUAAAAUGUCUUAAUUAAAAUUAUUUGAACAUUUUGCGUACAUAUUUUUUAUGUUUGGACUUGAUCUUGAUUGCAGGUGGUGGACAUUUUUUACAGUGUGUUAAGUGUUGAGCUCCCUCUCUCAUUUGAACAAGCCUUGUGUCACCGCCACAACCAGAACCAGCAGCAGCAGCAGCAUCCCUCAUCAAUAUGCGCUCCAGCUUCUCAAUUUAAGAGCCUCUCGCACAUUUAGACAUGGGCAAAUAAAAAAAAUUAAUAAUAAUAAUAAUAACACCCAGGCGAAGCCCAACAAUCCCGCCGAGGGAGGCGAUGUCAACCCACAUUCCACAUCUGACUCCGUCUGCAGCAGACUUUUUCCGCGUCUCAGUCGACUUUCUGCUGGUGUAUUAUUAUUUUUUUGUGCGAGGGGGGAGUCUUCCAUGGAUUUGCGUGCGAAAAGACUGUUGAUUGCGGCGUAGGAGGUGUCUGUAAACAUCAGGUGAUAAAGAAUAUCACUAAUUAUAGCAGGUAACAAUCAAAUCAAAUUAGAGGGGAGAAGGAAGAUGUUUACUCUGCCGAAGCUUCGUCAAUUUCGCGUCUUGUCCGCGCUGGUUAUUGGGGCGAUUGUGUGCUGCGCAAAAAGCGUCAACGAACCGGGCAACAUGUCCAUCGUGAAGGAAACGGUGGAUAAACUACUGAAGGGAUACGACAUCCGACUGAGACCGGACUUUGGAGGCCCCCCAGUUGCAGUCGGCAUGAGUAUAGAUGUGGCCAGCAUAGACAUGGUGUCAGAAGUCAACAUGGACUACACGCUGACCAUGUAUUUCCAGCAGUACUGGAGGGACAAGCGUCUAGCCUACAUUGGAAUCCCAUUAAACUUGACUCUGGACAACAGGGUUGCAGACCAGCUGUGGGUCCCAGACACCUACUUCCUCAAUGACAAGAAGUCUUUUGUUCACGGAGUCACAGUCAAAAAUCGCAUGAUUCGCCUUCACCCAGACGGGACUGUCCUAUAUGGGCUCAGGAUAACAACAACAGCUGCUUGCAUGAUGGACCUCAGGAGGUAUCCCCUGGAUGAGCAGAACUGCACUCUGGAGAUAGAGAGCUAUGGCUACACCACAGAUGACAUCGAGUUCUACUGGAAGGGAGGCGAGUCGGCCGUAACCGGUGUGACGCGGAUCGAGCUGCCGCAGUUCUCCAUUGUUGACUACAAACUAGUUUCCAGAAAUGUAGUCUUUUCCACAGGUGCCUAUCCUCGACUGUCGUUGAGCUUCAAGCUGAAGAGGAACAUCGGCUACUUCAUUUUGCAGACAUACAUGCCAUCAAUCCUGAUCACCAUCCUAUCCUGGGUAUCCUUCUGGAUAAACUAUGAUGCAUCUGCAGCCAGGGUGGCUCUUGGAAUCACCACGGUGCUGACAAUGACCACCAUCAACACACACCUGAGGGAGACGCUACCCAAGAUCCCAUAUGUCAAGGCCAUCGACAUGUACCUAAUGGGCUGCUUUGUCAUGGUCUUCCUGGCCCUUCUUGAGUACGCCUUUGUCAACUACAUCUUCUUCGGGAGGGGCCCUCAGAUGCAGAAGAAGUUGGCGGAGAAAGCAGAGAAGGCCAACAAUGAGCGAGCGGCCAAGUACGACGCAGCAAGGGAGGCAGGUAGUAGGACCGCGUCCCUAAAACGGUCCAAUCAGGUUAAAGGUCUUCGCCACUCACGCUCGGCGGAACCCCAUGGUCAUGGAAACAUCCUGCUGACAACCUUAGAGAUCCACAAUGAAGUUGCAGGAGGUGAAAUCACCACCAGCGUGGCAGACAUUAGAAACUCUCAGUCCAUGGUACAGUUGGACAGCUCGGCGUCGUCAAACAUCCAAUACCGCAAGCAGAGCGGUGGGGUAGGGCCACGCUCUACCAGCCGCCACUCUCUGGACCGCUCUACCCAGAUGAAGAGGAGCCGACUACGGAGGCGGUCCUCCCAGCUCAAAAUUAAAAUCCCCGACCUGACGGACGUGAACGCCAUUGACCGCUGGUCUCGCAUCAUCUUUCCAUCCGUUUUCUCGCUGUUCAACCUCAUCUACUGGCUCUACUAUGUCUGAUCAGGUCUGUUUUUUGGUGUUUGUCGUUGUUUGACUUUGACUUUCACUUCAUUUGUUCAUUUCGUUUUUUCUGUCUUGCUUUUAUACGUGAUGGAAUCUGUUGAGUCAAAGACUGCAACACAGCAAGAUAAAAGAGAAAACUGAUCUAACAAAGACUGCUAUGUUUUGGACCAAGUUCUCAUUAAAAUUGUUUUUUAUCUAUAUAUAUAUAUAUAUAUAUAUAUAUAUAUAUAUAUAUUUGGAGUCUUUCAAUCUCGAGCACUGAGGUCUUUUUAUUUUUGAAAGUAUGUACUGUAAUUUGGAUUUGUGACAGUUUUUUCCCCAAUCUUCACACUUAUUGAUAACGUGUAAAUAGCAAAAUACAAAGCCAGCAACUUUUAAAAAAAUAUUAUUUUAAAAAUCAAUGCAGAAGCAGUUAAGUCAAGAUUUUUUAACUAAAAGUUGAUCGGGUGCAGGCAAUAUCUACAGUAAAUCCAUUAAAAGUGGAAUGCUAUGCAUUUUUAAUGUACUUGGGCAUUGUUGAACAGGCAAAACUCUUACAGAAACAGAAUAACGUGUAUUUAGAGUGUUUAUAAUAUUCUUGUCUACAAUUUAGUAUACGUUGAUCUGGUAAGCAAAAUAAUUUUAAUCCUUUCUUCAGGAUGAUUUUUGUCUCAGGUUCUCCAUUUUUGAGUGUGUUGGGGACAAAAAAAGGAAAAUAAGCACAAUUUAUGAAUAAAACUGCCGUUUUUUUUUCCCAAUUUUACAACAAAACGUUAUGUAAUUGCAUGACAAAAUUGCACUCAGAUUUUCAAUACUUCUUCGCAAGCGCUUUUUAUUUUCUAUUUGAAACAACUGCCAAUGGCCCUAUUGGGCAAAGUAGUUACUGUUUAACCCAUAAAAUAUUAUGAUAUUUUUGUACUCUUUGUCUUCAGGUAUUUAUUUGAUUUCCUAACCUACUUUGUUGAAGAACAGUUCUUUUAUUGUGACAGUAGGGUGGAAUUACUUAAUUUUUUUGUACAUAGGUGUGUAUAUAUGUCUAUACAUACACUAUGUGUUCAACCCAAAAAUGAAAAUAUUAAUUUUGUCAUUGUCACUGACUCCCAGUAGUCUGAUUAUUUCAUGGGGAGAGAUGAGGAUUAAUGUCACAAGUCAAGCAUCUUAACCAUUUUGGAGCAUGUCUGAGCACUAUGAAUACAUUCUUAACUUAGAGCAUAUUUCACAAAUACUGAAAGCUCUAUAAACAUCUUUAAAAACACUUAAAAAUAAAUGCAUAUUUUGUUGUAUCAACAUUUCACAGUAAGACCUGGAAAAAAUGCAGCCUUUAAAAUGAGUACAUUUGAGUUCAUCUGUGGAGUUCUUAGUUUCCUUUUUCUUUUUACUACACUUCUUGUUACUGCUAAUUUUAACACUGUACAAGCAUCUUUGGCCAGUUUCCUGUCUGUUAGUGCACACAGAGCAGAGGAACCACAAGAUUUCAUAGUGUUUGUGUUAUACAGAUAAUAUAUGGAGUAAGGUGUGCCUAUGCACUCAUUAGAACAGUCUCCAUGAAAAUCUUAACACACUUAAAUGAAUGCUGCAGGUGCCAUAUUAAGCCACACCUCUUUAGUCCCACCAGCUCAGCUGAACGCUCUGAAAGCACACGAUUCCUGUGAUCUUCCUGUGAUCUCUGCAGAUUGACUUGGAAUGAAAGACGCAGUUAUUUAUAAUACGGGGCUCAUAUUUGUGUGUUUAUUGCAGAAUUAUGAUUUACUUGGACCAUAGUUCACAGACCCACUGAAAGUCCCAAACAUUCUUACCAAACUCUACAUGUAAAACAAAGAAUUCAAGUCUAUUCACUUUUUAAAACAUCUAUUCUGUCCUAUUCUUUUACUUUUUAGGACCUGUAAACAAACCAUUUCAUUACCAUCUACUUAUACCAAGCUGGUACAAGACAUCGACUUUGCAAGUACAUAUCACCACAUGGCCUGUAAGAAAUGGCAGAGCCGAAACGACCGGAUUUGCACACUCUGUAAAUGUACUCUAGUUAAAGGUUGGAUUUUUGUAAAAUUAUUACCAUAAAAUUAGAAAACUGCAAAAAAAAGAUUGCACACAUCUUUACCAGAGGGUGUGGCAUGCCACUGUAUCAGCCGACCAUGCUGAAGUUUCACUCCAGUUACUGUAUGUACUGAAAAGCAAGCUUUGCAUUUCUGUUGCUAAGUGACGCCAAUGGAUUUCACAGAACAUGAAGAUCGCCCGUGAUAACCAGUCUGUCGGGUAAUUUUAAGCACAUACUAGCAUUGAAUGUAUCAGAUCCAUUCUUCAGGGAGAGGAUAAUGAGCCAUGGUCAUCAUUUCUCCAUUAGAAUGUAACCCACCCCUUCUGACAUUGCAAGUGAUUAGUAAAAAUGAGGGCAGAAACUAGUUUUGCAUGUGUUGGAUGAAAAAAAUAGACACGGAAAUGUCAAGUUUGAAAAGUUUCUGUACGCCAUUUGUUUUCUGCGCUGCUUGCUGAGCUCUGGACAAAUUGUCAACUUGUAAUAGUUUUGUGGCUAAAAAUGGCUCCCCUGUCUUGAUUCUUUCUGACCAACUGUGUAAGAUUCCACAGAGGGUCGCAAAGCAAUCAGUUACAACCUGGUUGUGCACGUUCACAGCAUUCCUGUUCAUACAUUCGCUUUGUGCAUGUGCGAGUAUAUGUGUUGAUGAAAAAAAAACACAAAAAUACUUGAGAACAGUGAGUUUGGGCACACAAAAAAAGAAUAAUUGUAACAUGUACAGUCUAGAAUAUGACAAACAACUGAAUGUAUAGUACUUGGAUUGUCACAGCACAAAUGCAAUUUGAUUUCUGGGCCCUAAAUGAGAGUUGCAUUUUCUACUGUGUAGAGGGGGUAUAGGAAGAACACAUACCAAUGAAGUAAUUUGUCAGAAGUCUGUGUCUUGACAAUUCAAAAGGAGUUUUUAAUUUUUUGCAUCAAUUUGACCAGACAAAACUUUUAAGAGCAUUUUUUUAAACCUCAAGGAGUCACACAAAAGCUCAGCUUCUCAAGUUACCAGAUUUCAUUCCAACAGAGUCCAACUUAUUUGGGAAUCGGAAAAACGUCAGUUGACUUUGUAUGAGAUCCGGCUACCUCUUAAAUUUGAUACUUACUGUACAAACACACAGAAAAAUAAGAUUAUUGAAUGUUUUAUGGCACAAAUCCCUUUCUAUGUCAAAGGUUGUGAAAUUCCUAGAAUUAAUUAGUCCAAAGACAUUUCAGUCUUCAUUCUGGAAAAACAAAGCUAAACAAUUUUGCUGUCCAUGUAGAAAAAAAAAAGAUCUUCCAGGCAGAAAGUCUUCUGUGAUUUAAACUACUGCUUUUGGGUUGUGUGUUGAGAUUUAAAAAUGAGUUAUUGUAUGAGUUCUAAAUUCAUCAAAAUACAAAGUGAAAUUGUGACUUUAUAAGCUCUACUCUAGAAACUUGUUUAUUAUGCAUGCAGCAUUUCUUAAUUUGGAACGACUUCCAGAAGAUCUUUUUAGCAAUCUCUAUGACAACAGCUGCCAACUGCUCAUUUUAGAGAUUACUCUAUGCCACGUGAGCCUACAAUAAAAAUAAAAAAAAUUUUUUUAAACUUUUAAAAAAUCCACACAAAAAAAACGAAAAAAAAAAAAAAAAAACAGCCA